AUGGGUGCACUGGUGGCUGCAUCACAGCUGGCGGUUAAUGGAGCCAAGGGAAAUCUAAAUUUGAUUACACAAGCAUUGGUAGCGGUUGGAUGUAGGAUGCCAGUUAUACCUGGUCCAACCACGGUUCAUUAUCAUCUACCAAAUGGCCUCUCGGUGCGAGUCCACAGAGAAUAUAGUGAUUUUGUUGAUGAACUUGUCAGCAUAUUUCCCCAUGAAGAAAAAAGGGAUUCUCGGAUUCUAUGGAGUAUGCUGGAAGCCUACUACUUUCCACAAAAUGUGGGUGACAUAGCUCGAAAUUAUAUAAAGGAUCCUCAGUUGCUAUCCUUCAUUGAUGCAGAGUGUUUCAUUGUGAGUACAGUGAAUUCCCCGCAGACUCCAAUGAUCAAUGCAGGCAUGGUUUUGUGUGACAGACAUUUCAGGGGAAUCAACUACCCUGUCGGUGGAAUUGGAGAAAUUGCUAAGGCAUUAGCAAAAGGAUUGGUAAAUCAGGGGAGCAAGAUACUUUACAAAGCAAAUGCAACGAACAUUAUCCUCGAAAACGGAAAAGCAGUGAGUUUAAGCGCCGCUGGGGCCUCAUCGGCAGUAUUUUCCAUGACUUCUUUGAUCAUUAAAAUGGGAUACUUUUGGCAAGCUCCUGAUGAGGAAGAAAGAUUCCAAAAGGCAUAUGUUAAAGCGCCAUCUUUUCUUUCUGUUCACAUGGCGGUUAAAGCUGAUGUUUUGCCACCGGACACAGAUUGUCACCAUUUCAUCCUUGAGGAUGAUUGGAAGAAUUUAGAGAAAUCAUCUGGAAGUAUAUUCUUGAGCAUCCCAACUGUUCUUGAUUCGUUGUCCACUCCAGAGGGGAACCAUUCUCUUCACAUUUUUACAACUUCGUCCAUAGAAGAUUGGGAGGGCCUCUCUAGUAAAGAUUAUGAGGCAAAGAAGGAAAUUGUGGCAGAAAAAAUAAUUAACAGGCUUGAGAAGAAACUAUUCCCAGGGCUCAAGUCAUCCAAUGUUUUUAAGGAGAUAGGAACACCGAAGACACCCAGGCGGUACCUGGCUCAUGAUAGUGGUACCCAUGGACUAAUACCACGUCGAAUCCCGAAGGGCUUAAUAGGAAUGCCGUUCAAUACAACUGUACCUGAAUCACUUUCACAUUUGUUUCUGCUCUUACUCUUUAUAUGA